CGCUGUUGGAGAGAGUCCGGCCAACUGAGGUGAUCUGACACACCGAGGAGGCGCAGUCAAUGAGGGAGAAAACCGAGGAGUGAGCCGGCGUGUGCGCAGUCCAUCCAAAAACACCCUCAGAAAGCGAGGGUGACGGGAAGGAGGGAAUAAAGAAUUCAGUCCACUCCCUGGUCUGACAAGGAAACCAGGCAGCAAAGAUGGGGAACCGGGGGAUGGAGGAUCUGAUUCCUCUGGUGAACCGCAUGCAGGAUGCCUUCUCCGCCAUCGGGCAAAACGCGAACCUGGACCUGCCGCAGAUCGCCGUGGUGGGCGGCCAGAGCGCAGGGAAGAGCUCGGUGCUGGAGAACUUCGUGGGCAAGGAUUUCCUUCCCCGUGGCUCUGGGAUUGUGACCCGUCGUCCUUUGGUUCUGCAGCUCAUGAACUGUCCCACAGAAUAUGCGGAGUUUCUUCACUGUAAGGGCAAAAAGUUUACAGAUUUUGAUGAAGUCCGGCAGGAGAUUGAGGCAGAAACGGAUCGAAUCACCGGAGCCAACAAGGGCAUCUCUCCUGUCCCCAUAAACCUGCGUGUCUACUCCCCUCACGUGCUGAACCUUACGCUGGUGGAUCUGCCGGGGAUGACCAAGGUGCCGGUGGGCGACCAGCCGGCAGACAUCGAGGCCCAGAUCAGAGACAUGCUGAUGCAGUUCGUCACUAAAGAGAACUGCCUGAUGCUCGCCGUGUCUCCGGCCAACUCGGAUUUGGCAAACUCUGACGCUUUAAAGAUUGCCAAAGAGGUCGACCCUCAGGGUAUGAGGACCAUCGGUGUAAUCACCAAGCUGGACCUGAUGGAUGAGGGAACAGAUGCCAAGGACAUCCUGGAGAAUAAGCUGCUUCCACUCAGGAGGGGUUACAUCGGUGUGGUGAACAGGAGUCAGAAGGAUAUAGAUGGUAAGAAGGAUAUCAAUGCUGCUAUGGCUGCUGAGAGGAAGUUCUUCCUCACUCAUCCUAGCUACAGACACCUGGCUGAACGUAUGGGCACCCCCUACCUCCAGAAAGUCCUCAAUCAGCAACUGACCAACCACAUCCGGGACACCCUGCCGGGUCUACGGGCCAAACUGCAGAGUCAGCUCCUAUCCAUAGAGAAGGAAGUGGAGGAGUACAAGAACUUCAGACCUGACGAUCCAUCCCGCAAGACCAAGGCUCUUCUCCAGAUGGUGCAGCAGUUCUCUGUGGACUUUGAGAAGUGUAUCGAAGGCUCUGGAGAUCAGAUUGACACAGCUGAGCUUUCAGGUGGUGCCAGGAUCAACCGCAUCUUCCAUGAGCGCUUCCCCUUUGAACUGGUCAAGAUGGAGUUUGAUGAGAAAGAGCUCCGCAAGGAGAUCAGCUACGCCAUCAAGAACAUUCACGGAAUCAGAACUGGCCUCUUCACCCCGGACAUGGCCUUUGAGACCAUUGUGAAAAGGCAGAUUGGGAAGAUUAAAGAGCCUUGCACCAAAUGUGUGGACAUGGUCAUUUCUGAGCUAGUCAGUACGGUUAGGGCGUGUACUAAGAAGCUGGCCCAGUAUCCCCAGCUGAGAGAGGAGAUGGAGAGGAUUGUCACCCAACAUAUCAGGGACAGAGAAAGCCGCACCAAGGAUCAGGUGUUGCUGCUGAUAGACAUUGAGUUAUCCUACAUGAACACCAACCAUGAGGACUUUAUUGGAUUUGCCAACGCUCAGCAGAGAAUCAGCCAAAUGAACAAGAAGAAAGCAUCUGGAAACCAGGAUGAGAUCAUGCCGGAGAGAGGAGUUAACGAUCGGUUUAAGGUGAUCAGGAAGGGCUGGCUGACCAUCAACAACAUCGGCAUCAUGAAGGGAGGAGCCAAGGAGUACUGGUUCGUCCUUACUGCCGAGUCCCUCUCCUGGUACAAGGAUGAUGAGGAGAAAGAAAAGAAGUACAUGCUGCAGGUGGAUAACCUGAAGCUGCGUGAUGUGGAGAAAGGCUUCAUGUCCAGCAAACACAUCUUUGCUCUUUUCAACACUGAACAAAGGAAUGUGUACAAGGACUACCGUCAGCUGGAGCUGGCCUGUGAGAGUCAGGAGGACGUGGAUGCCUGGAAGGCCUCCUUCCUAAGAGCUGGAGUUUAUCCUGAACGUGUCACGGAUAAGGAAGGAAAGGGUGACGGCGGUGAUGAAAAUGGCUCUGAUAACUUAAUGCACAGCAUGGACCCACAGCUUGAGCGGCAGGUGGAGACCAUCCGUAAUCUGGUUGACUCAUACAUGGCCAUCGUCAACAAGACAGUCCGCGACUUGAUGCCCAAGACCAUCAUGCACCUCAUGAUUAACAAUACUAAAGAGUUCAUAAACGCUGAGCUGCUAGCCCAGCUGUACUCAUGUGGCGACCAGAACACGCUGAUGGAGGAGUCUCAGGAGCAGGCCCAGCAUCGCGAUGAGAUGCUUCGGAUGUACUUUGCCCUGAAGGAGGCCCUCAACAUCAUCGGUGACAUCAGCACAUCCACCGUGAGCACAGCUAUGCCGCCUCCUGUGGAUGACUCCUGGCUACAGGUGCAGCGUGGAGGCUCUGGAGGACGGUCACCCGCUACCAGCCCUACUCCAAACCGCCGGGCUCCACCAGGACCCCCAGGUCGCCCAGUCUCUCGUGGUCCUCCACCUGGGCCUCCUCCUUCUGGGGGACCCCCUGUACCCUCUCGCCCAGGGGCUUCUCCGGACCCCUACAGUGGGCCGCCACCCACUGUGCCCUCUCGGCCUAACCGUGCACCCCCCAGUGUCCCAAGUCGAAGACCCCCACCAUCUCCAACCCACUAGACUCCUGACCUACUCCCUCCCCGUCUGUCCCUUCGCCUAUUUAUCCAAGAGGCCAUGGACAACAGUGCCACCUUCCUGCCGUCCUCUACCACACCUGACCUGGGCCAGCUACCCUCUCCUGCUCCUUUACAAGCCAAGCUCCCUCAACCCUCUUAGAACCUCCUUACCCAGCAACACCACACACACCAACACCCCUCACCCCUCUGUUUUGUACAGAGAUGCUGCAGAAUACUUGAAACACACCUGCAUGACUGACAUACAAACAUGCUGCAUCCUCCGAAAUUUAAACAAACUCUGUAGAGGGUAUGGAAUUAAAAAAAAUUGUGUGUAUGUACACACAUGCAUGCACAAGUGCUUUCAUCAAUACAAACGCAUAUAUUUACAGUUUAUAUGUACAGGCAAAUACAUUCAGAAUAUCUGUUCUCACUUACUAAGCAUGAUACUUUACCUACUGCAGCCUAUUUAUGAGUAUUCUUUAAAAAGUAAACACAAUACUUUAUUCCCCACUCUAAUUUAAUUUCCUUUUCUUUAAAGGAAUACUUCACCAUUUUUGUGUGCAUCACUAUCUCACCUUGUAUUGCAUGUCAUGCUUGAAGAAGAAUUUUCUGCUUCUUCUUGUUUUCAGGGUAGCUACUUUUGAAGGGCAAAAAUAGUAUCUGAAUGUUUAAAAAUAAUUCUUCUGUUCAGGUUCUUUUGAGACAAUUCAUGUUUUACAACAUACUGAGCAGCUGAAUACCACUUAUGUUAUUUUAUAGUAAUUGUUUUUGUAGAAACUCUACAGAAGCUCAUGCUUUGUUAAGUCAAAGGGAUAAUAUUUCUUUCACAUGGCACGUCAGGCAACAAAAUAAUAUGUAUGAGGUACUUUUGCUGGGUCUUACCAUGUUUAUAAUAACUGAGGGUUCUCUUGUAUGUCAAGUGUUUUCAUAUCUAUUACUAUAUUUACUCUUUCUCUUCUGAGAGCUCCCUACCAGUCCUCCCAUUAACCUGUUUUCCCAUCACCACUGUCAGGGCUGCUGCUCUUAAUCUUUUCUUCCUUUUGUCUCUAAAUUAACCUAUGAUGAAGCUUUCAUGUGUGACUGACUCUUUUUGAGUGGACAGCCAUAAAGUUCAAAUCAUCUCAAACAAACACCUCUCUAAAGCGCUGCUGUCCGUGCUUCCACAGAACCUAUGCAACAAAGAAGUUUCCCAACAUUAUUUUGGCUUAAAGAGGUGCCCCCAUGACAUGUUUCCCUCUCUCUUCUUAGCAACAAGUUAUCUUAUCGAGGCUGGAUUUAAAUUAAAAGUGCAAUAUAUUGAAUAUCCUUCUGCUGAAGUUUAAAUGGCAGCAGACAAAGACGAAUUGGAGUACAUUUUAAGUAGAGAGCAGGAAAUUGGUGGCUUGGGUCGCACCCUAAAGACUGUUAUAUGCUCUAAAUGGUCCUUUUUUCAGAGGGAAUGAGGUUCCUUUUGAAAGUGGUUUUAGAUAUUAGAAGUGUAUUUUUUGUUGUUGGCUCAACCAUUUACCUUAUUUAUGUGGUGGUCAUUUUCCCUCGGUACAAUGCUUCAGGAGAAAGGCUGUUUCAGUGCCAUAAAGCUGUUUUUUAUGGGGCAAAAAUCCUGAUAUUAUAUUCUAUCUGACCAAUCCAAAUCAGUCAAGAUAUCAAAAAGUAAAAUUCUGGUGCCAAAUUAGGCUGUAUUUCAUAAACAACCAUGUAUUUGAUAACACAAUGGCUACUUUUAGGCAACUUGAUAGCAUUACUAUUUGAUUUUCUCUGGUCUUACCACAGAUUACAGUGUCAAAAAUCAACGUGAGCGAAAAACCUCUAUGCUAACUUUCAUGCUUUUAAAAAUGUGAAUGCAAGUGAGUAGUGAAAACAUUAGCUUAGGACAUUCAUGUUAGGAAUGUGAAAGUUAUCUUAGACAGGAAAUAUUACCAAGGAAAAAUAACAAUGCUAUCCAUAGCGUUGCUUUAAAUGUGAACAUGAGCUUAGAAAACUUGUGCUAGCCAGGAAAUGAUUUCUAGGAGCAUCUAGUGCAAGAGCUAAGCAAGCAUCAAUGUUAAAUUAUUUGAGUUUGCUGAAUGUGACUGAUGAAUGUUAAUGUUGGCAAAGACAGAAAAUAAUAUGUCAGGAUAUAAACUUAAGAUACAAAAGUAAAAUAUCUGCUUGGAUCUUUUACAUAUUAAGACUAAUAAAGUUGGCUUGGACAUAAAAUUUGUGUGAGAAAGAACUUUAAUGCUGGCAGAAAAGUUGAUGUUGGUUGGAAUGUUAAUGCUAGCUUGAGGCACACAUUUUCUGUAAAAUCAAAAUUAUAAGCUUAGAACAUUCACAUUUUCUAGUAAUGAGAAAGGACUGGAAAUGCUAGCUUGAACACUCAAGUUAGCUAGAAAUGUGAAUGUUAGUAAAACAAAAAAAGUUGGUUUGGAGUGUAUCAGCUUGUAAAUUAUGUUAGCCUGCAAUAUUUAUAUUAGCACAUUAAUGUAAAUGUUGGUUGUGAAAAAAAAAGUUAGCUAGGAACAUGUAUUCUAGGUACAAGUGUUAUCAUUAGCCUGUAACAUUAUUGCUAGAUAGUAAUAGGAUAAUUAAGAAAUAAAUGGUUGCUAGGACCUCAAAGAAACUUAAAAGGAUUACUACUGCUAUCAUGGAAAGUAACAGCUUUUUAAGGUCAUACUUGCUAUAAAUAAGGAAUGAAAAAAGUUAUCAAAGAACGUGAAAACUACCUAAAAUAAAUAGCUUGAAAAUGAAAGAAGUUUGUGAUUAGAUGUUGACUAUCAAAGUCAAUUACAGCUUAAAAUGUUGAAUGCUAAGACUUGCUAACUGGUUUUCAAAUAGAUUUUAACCUUAAAAUAUUGCCCAGUAAUCCUAAAGGUUUUCACUUAUAAAUUACAUAUCAUACUAUCAGCCUGGGACACAGCAGUAUGACAAUGCAACAGUCGCUAGGUUCUCCCUUGAUGUCAUAUCAGAGGAAAUUAUGGCUUUUACAUGUAAAAUCAGUUGAUACAUAUCAUAGGAUAUAUUUUAUCAUUUUGCUUUGCCAUUUAUUUUGUUUCUUUUUUCUUUUUGUCUCCCCUCUUUUUCAUCUUUUUCUUUCUUCUCUCAGUGGUCACGGGGGUGAGUGAGAAAAUGAAAACAGCCACAGUCUAUGCAUAAAACUAUCACUCGCUCCUCCUGUCUCCACCUCAUGUCGCUGCUGAGAACCUGUGAUCUGAUCCGGUCUUUUCACUACGUGUUUUGUCACUGAACUCUUCUGUCAGUGCGAUGUGUUGAAUUUUUGAUCCCUUCCUGAAACAAACCCACCAGCCUCAAACGUGAUUUCUUGUGACUCUCAGUACUCCACAACUGCAACUCAAACACAAAAAGCAUAUCCUACUUAUUAUUUACCAGUAAAUAGUUUAUUAUGGACAUAUCUUGAUGUGUUAUUAUGUAUAUGUGUGGUGCAUCUUCUGGGACUUAUACUUCCACUUUAGCUAUUUUAGUCCACAAUGUAUUUAAUUGCUGAGUAUUUAAAUUAUUCUGAACAAAUGAGUAUGUGUACAAGGGAAUCAUAUUUUAAAAACUUAUAAAAAUGUGUAAUGCAGUGAAUAUUAUGGAUGUUGGCAGUUUGUUUGAUACUUUAGCUAGUA